CUUGAGUUGUCGUUUAGUCGUGCAUGCACGAACAAUGAGUUCACAUCUCUCUGUAAUAUGGCUAACGAAUUAUUACAAUAUAAGUAAUUCACGAAUUAUUACAAUAUAAGUAAUUCCUUUAUAUGUGUUAGAUUGUUAUAAGUAAUUCAUAUGUAAUUAUGAGAAACAAUUACGAAUCUUCUAAGACAAUUGUGUCAAAGUGAAUUUGAUGAUAACAUUUAAUUACAUCUGUAAAAAUUAUUAGUUGAGUGAAAUUUUUGUUUUAAAAUAAGAGUUAAAGGUUUAUGCGCAUCAAAACAAAAUAUGGGGACACAGAAUUGUGAUACUAGGAAAAGUAUGAAGGAUAUUAAACUACAUUUGCCUUCUGCAGAAUCUAUUGAAACUAUUUUUGCGGACAAUACAAGUGUAUCCAAGAAAGAAAUUAUUACAAAUCAAACUACAUUGCACAGCACACAACUUAUACGAAAUGUGCCUAAUAUUUUAAGAAAUAGUAACAUAAAAACGUAUAGAACUAAAACACUUACGUCAGACAAAUCUGAUAUUUCUUUUACAUCCAGUACAGAAGAUAUAAAUAUUUCUGUGCUAAAUACAACAUUAUCCAGCAAUGAAUCGGAGAAGGAAAUUAUAACCAAUUAUAAAAUUGCGUCACCAAAAUUAUAUCAUCAAAGGAAACAAGUACAUAAUCCAAUAGAUACACAAUAUGACGUGCCUGAUUGGAUUAACAAAGAUAAUAAAAAUAUAUUGCAAGAAUUUGAUGAGUUAAAUACGUCACAUGUUUUACAAAGUUACAAAAAAAAUGUUUCAAAAAGGAAAUUGAAACAUAAUAAACGUAAAAGAAAUUUGUUUAAUAAAAAGUCAAAAGAAACAACAAUUUGCAAGUCUGAUAGCAGCAUGGAAAAAUCAUUUGAAAAACUAGAUUUUGAUACUGGAUUAACCAUUUCUUCAGAUAUAAAUAUAAAAGAUACAGUCGUGCAAAAUGCCACUUUUUCCAGCAAUGUACUUACUGAGUCUACUAAUGGAUCUGAUACUGCAAAAUAUAUAAAUAAUUUAAAUAACGUUGAAAUACAAUCAAAUGAGUUGUAUAAUACUUCUUAUUGUGAUGAGAUUUGCAAUUUUGAAAAAUACGAUAUAAAUUGCAAUUCUGUUAUUCCUAGCAAGUCAACAGAAUUUUGUACAUUACAGCCUGAACUUUUCCAAGAAGAUGUUACAAACUUUAAAAUCUUAAGGGCAAAAGAGGAUUUUAAAGAAGAAUUGAUAAAUAGGGACAUUGCAUCAGAUUUUUUAUUUGACUCUAAAGUAUUGUAUACUUGCACUUGUGUAAAUUGUACCUCUUGUGACAAAGAUAUCAUAUUUUGCGAAGAUCCAGUUUCAACUUCUACAAAUAGUGACACAGAUACAGAAUUUUCCACAUCUUAUAUAUAUGAUCCUUUUAUUUAUGAUUAUCAAAUUGGUGACAAUAUACUUGAUGACAAUUGGUUAAAAGAAUUUGACAAAAAGAAUUUUUGCUGUGAAGAGGUUGAAGAAACAAAUAUCACAAAGGAAACUGCGUGUAUUGACAGCAAUAAUGUAAUAGAGCUAAUUGAAAGCAAUACAAAUGUGCCAUCAGUAGAACAAAGUAAUACACAAAAUUCACAAACUCGUUAUAUUAACAAAAUACAAGAUAUUUGUGUAAAAUCAUAUUCUCCAGAACCUAUUAAAGCCUUUAAUGAGCCAAUACAAUCUUCAAAAUCUGCCGAAAAUGCGAAAAUUCUUGAUGAAGCGGACCAUAUAAAUUUAGAAAACAUCUUAGUGAAAGAAGACAAAGUAAUUUCUCAAGAUGAAGUAUUUGCUGAAACUACUAAUUCGACUGAUGAGUCUAUUUUCAAAUCAAAAUUUGAGAAAGAAAAUAAGAAAGAUUUAUGUGUAAUUCAGUGUACUCAGUGCAGAAGACUAUUUAACAAAAAACAUCAGUUUAGGAAACAUUUUACUCGUUGUGACUUCUAUAAAGAAGAUUUCAAGUGUCAUAUCUGCGAUAAAAUAUACAAGCACAAAUCAUCAUUUGAUCAACAUUUGAGGAAAGUACAUCAUUUAUCAUGCAAUCCAGACCAGAAAUUCUAUACUUGUAACAGAUGUUCAAAAUCAUAUGUUAGAUUUCGUGCUUAUCAAAAACAUUUACUUCUUCAUGACGAUUAGUAUGCAUUUGGUCAACAUUAUCUGUUUUCUAAUGUAAUCUUUGAAAUUAUAUUGCAAUUUGUAAAUUGCAAAAAUUGCAUUUGAACAUCACAGAUAUGCGCAAAGCUUCACAUAUUAACUGUUAAAAUGUUUUUAAUUUAAGAUUUAUGCAACAGUUAUAUGUUGUGACUAAUUUUAUAUUUUGAUAUAAA